AUGCAGGAAAAACAGAAUAAUCUGAACCCAGCUCCAGGCCUCUUGGUAAAGGCUCACCCGGCUCUUAAAGCCUUCAUGUGUGGCUCUCUCAGUGGAACCUGCUCGACUCUGCUCUUUCAGCCUUUGGAUCUGGUGAAGACACGGCUUCAGACCCUACAGAGCAGUGCCAAACCCGGUGCACCAAAGGCAGGGAUGUUUGCUGUGUUCAUCAGUGUUAUUAGGAAAGAGAAUUUCUUCAGUUUGUGGAAAGGUGUUUCACCGUCUUUUGUACGCUGCAUCCCAGGCGUGGGCAUCUAUUUCAGCACCUUCUACUCUCUGAAGCAGCACUUCCUGCUGGACAGAGAACCCAAUGCUGCUGAGGCUGUUUUUCUUGGCGUAGGAGCCAGAACUGUGGCUGGUGUCUGCAUGCUUCCCUUCACAGUCAUUAAGACACGCUUUGAGAGCGGUCACUUCAAUUACGUGAGUGUGGGCGGGGCUAUAAGGAGUAUGUACAAUACUGAGGGAAUCAGGAGUCUGUUCUCGGGGCUGACGGCCACGAUGCUCAGAGACGCUCCGUUUUCAGGAAUCUACGUCAUGGUCUACAGUCAGACCAAGAGAUUACUGCCACAAGAUGUGACACUGUCAGUCUACGCUCCACUAGUGAACUUCAGCUGUGGGAUGGUGGCAGGUGUCAUGGCCUCCAUGGUCACACAGCCUGCAGAUGUGGUUAAGACAUACAUACAAGUCAGCCCAUCUCACCAGAGCACAGCUAAUGCUAUGCGCUCCAUCUACAGGGAACACGGCAUGUGUGGGUUUUUUCGAGGAGCAGUACCCCGGUCUCUUCGCCGUACGCUGAUGGCUGCUAUGGCGUGGACUGUCUAUGAACAGCUGAUGGCUAAAAUGGGCCUCAAAUCCUGAAGAGGCCAUUAAAAAUACAUAAUACAAAAUACAAGAAGGUAGUGAUUUAUGUCAACAAAAGCCACAGCUGGGAGAAAAAGGGGCCAAAGGUGCUCAUGGGAGAGUGAGCCGGCACAAUCAGGGCUUUAGGUCCAGGGAACCUCGUGGAUACAUACGUGAGAAAGCCAGACUGCUCUGUGUGUUUGGUGUUGAUUGCCUAUGAACAAUGUGGUGUGUGUUUUUGAGGUUGCAAUGUUACCCCUGACACACUCCUCUGUCAGUCUUGGACUGCAGUGACACUCCUUGCUGUGAAGUGAGAUUUAUUCUUUGUCAGUGUUGUUGAGGUCCUGCCUACUGAAGUAUAAAUAUCACUGAAGAAAUGUUCUUCAGUGAUAGAGAGGGCCAACGUCUCCUCCUCUCAGCAUAACUACCUUUAAAAAAGUGGAAAAUGUGCCAAGUAUAAACAGGACAUUGUGUUUACUGGUGGACCAUAGCUCUGAGAUGAUCUCCCUCUAUAAUACUGAGCAGUUAUUGAAAUAGUAGGACAAAUAAACUGAAGGGGCAUUUGUUUAUUUAUCAGCACUGAUGAUCACAAAAAAUAUUACAGAUAACACAAACAAUUUGUAGCAUUUAAUCACUGCAAGCCUUUGCUGUAAUACUACUUUAAACUAUGUCAAUUUUACAUUAACAUACAACUGUGGCAUUUUUGGAGUGAUCUUUAUUUAACCAUGAUGAGUCACAUGUGACGUGAUGUCAUUUAUGUCAGAACCCUGAUUUCAUUCGUUUUUGUCAGAUUAUUACAUACAUAUUACAUACAUUUAUAUAGAUAUUUGAACAUUCUAGUCAAGAAUUAAAGGUACUUCAUCACCAUCAAAAUUAUAUUCUUCAUGUUGGUUUAAACUACAAAGAGUCCCUAAUUCUUUAUUCCAAUUAAGUUUAUUUUUUAAGUUUAGGUAAGCACUUUAAUAUGUAGCUUUCUCUAUACCGUAUGAAAACAAGUAAGUGAUGAUGUGUUUUAAAUGUCAAAAGCUAAUUACCUAUGGUUAUUUAUGAGUGUCUUUAUUUCCAGAUGAUUUCUGCAGAGAUGUAGGUGUUGACAGGUAAUAGGCAACAGAAUCCUUUUUUCUUGUAUAUUUUCUUUUUAGAUGUUUAUGUGUAGAAAUGUUUAAAGGAGACAUGUAUAUAUUGAACAUAGUUUACUCUAUGGGUAAAAAAGUGUUCCAUAUCCAAAAAUUUGAAUGAAUGAAUAAAUUAAUUUAAACAGUUAAAAUGAAGUCACACACAAUAAGAAUUGUUAGUAUUGCUAUGUGAGAUAGAGUUUGGGAUGUGCAGGAAAUUUACAAAGAAUAAAGGAGAACUGAAAAAGA